UUGUUUGAGCUAACGGAAAAUCAAGUAUACGCUGACUGGUACAAGCGGCUUCUAGACAUUAAAAAAAAACGAAAUUUGACGUAUAAUAAUAUAAACAAAGCAAGUAGAAUUGUAUAAGAAUAAAUUUCGAAUAAAAUUAAAGAAACGAAAACAAAAAACGGGCAAAUAUCGAAAGCUCUUCCUGCGAAAAAUCAGCUGUCGUCCUUUUAAGUGUGUAUGUGAGAGGUGUGACAGAGGCAGAGCUAAAGAGAGCAAAAGAGAGAGCGAGAGCGAUAAAGUCAAAGAUACCCCAAAAAGGAUUCGCAGCAUCUGUGAGAGUGUGAAGACAAAAAAUGGAUUACAAUUUUGCCGAUUUAAAAAAGGAGGCCGCUGCCACCACUGAGCAGAUUUUCGAUCAAGCGGAACAUGCUUACGAUGACUUGUUAAGCGGGGGCGAUAUCGUCAAUGCCGGCAAUGUCAGCAGCGGCGCCCAGGAUGACAAUGCCCACACUGAACAUUAUUUCGCAAAUGAGCAGAAAAAUUUGGAUUUCAGUGACCCUCAGGCGUUUGUGCAGCGCAUGUCAGCCGGCGCCAAAGAGGCCCAGGAGCAACUGGAUGCAAAGUUCUCCCAAAAAACUGAGGAGAUUGAUGACUUCCUCAAGGAAGCGGGCCAGAGUGUCAAGCAAAAUAUCAGUGACUUGACUCAUGACUUUAUGAAUGCCGAAAGGGGCAUCUUUGGUGGUGGUGGCGCCAUUGCCUCACCUCCUGGCCCAGUUCAUCCAGUUGACGCUCCGCCAGCUCCUCCAGUUGCUGCUCCAGUUGUCGCUCCCCCAGUAGCAGCUCCACCAGCUCCUCCAGUUGCGGCUCCGGUCAUUGUUGCUCCCGUCCAAGAGGCCGACUUAUUGGGCAGCUUUAGCGAAAAACCUUCAACAGCGCCUUUGCAACCAUUCGAGGCGACAGCUCCAAGUAAAUCAAAUUUCUACGAUGACGAAUCUGAUGAUGAUGAUUUUCUGGUCAAGCCUGCUCCAGCUGCUGCAGUGUCAAAGCCCUCCACUAAGGAUUCCGAUACAGAAUCACCGUCCGUCUCUUGCACACCAUCGCCGGCCAAAAAACCCAUUGCCGAUGCUCUCAAAGAGCAGGACAAUGAGAAAUUUAUUUCUUCCGAGGAUUUACUUAGCGAUUUUAAAGAAGAGCGCACACCAGUGCCGCCAGUCAAAAUUACAGCUCCACCUCCGGUUCCCGCUGCUGCAGUGCCAAUUCCAGCUGCCGCUUUGAUAACCGAUUUGGAUGCCGACGACGAUUUUAAGCCAGCCAAAGUUGAACCCAAAGUAGAGCCUCCCAAGCCCAAAGUGGAGCCCCCGAAACCCAAAGUGGAGCCGGCCAAGUCGCCAAAAGCCGUUCCCGUCACUCUCGCCGCAUCCGAGAACCAGAAUCAGCCGAAAAUUGUCUCUGUUGAGGAAUUAUUUUACAAAUUGGGUUUGGAUGCCUGGUUCAAGCCCGAACGUUUGCACCCGCAAGUGGAGUCUCUUAUCUAUUGGCGCGAUGUGAAGAAAUCCGGCAUCGUCUUUGGCGCUGGCCUGAUCACAUUGGUGGCCAUCUCCUGGUUCUCGGUGAUCAGUGUCUUUGCCUACUUAUCGCUUUUGGCUCUAUUCGGCACUGUUGCCUUCAGAAUUUACAAAUCUGUGACACAAGCCGUACAAAAGACAAACGAUGGACAUCCCUUCAAAGAAUACCUUGAACUGGACUUGACGCUCUCCCAGGAGAAAGUGCAAAAUAUUGCCGGUGUGGCUGUGGCUCAUCUCAAUGGCUUCACUGCCGAACUGAGGCGUCUGUUUCUGGUUGAGGAUUUGAUCGAUUCCAUUAAAUUUGGUGUCAUACUGUGGGUCUUCACCUACAUUGGAGCCUGGUUCAAUGGCAUGACCUUGGUGAUUCUGGCCUUUGUGUCCCUAUUCACCUUGCCUAAAGUGUAUGAGAACAACAAGCAGUCGAUUGAUACCUACUUGGAUUUGGUGCGCAGCAAAUUGACUGAAAUUACCGAUAAAAUCCGAGUGGCAAUUCCCAUUGGCAACAAGAAGCCGGUAGCUGCUGCCGCCACUGAGUCUGACAAGGACAAGUAAACUCAGCAAUACUUAUCCUUUGGCCCCUUACUACACCUCCCCCCCUCCCAAAAAAAAACACACACACAUAACCACCACUUAACAGCAACAGCAACAAAUAACAGCAAAAAAACAACAACAUGUUUAUUUAUUUCUUAAGCAUUAUUUGAAUGGUUUUAAUAUUCAUCCAGGCAUAUAUAUAUAUAUAUAUAUAUAUAUCUCUUAUAUAUAUAAAAUAAAAUAUAUAGCAAAUGUAUUGCAAAACGAAAAAGAAAAUGAAAAUGGAUAAAUUACAUAAUUGUAAAUCAAAUUUAAAUCAAAUAGAUCCCGAAAAAGAAAACUACAUUAACACACACAACAAUUUUUAGUAGUUAAAAAUUAUAUAAAAAAAAGAAAGAAAAGAAAAAAAAACAUUAAACAUUGUCCAAGUGUCUUUAAGUUUUAACGAACGAAACAAAGGGAAAUGAAUGAACGGAAGUGGAAGGAAAGGAAAAUAGACGCAUUAAUGCAAUUUAAGUUUAAAAACGAGUUCCAAUUUUUUAUUGAUUGUUUUACUUUAAAUAUCACAACCAAAAUCGAGAAACAAAAAACAAA